AUGGUUGUGAAAUGCCAGGACUGCCGACCUAAGGACUGCCGACCAAAGGACUGUCGACCUAAGGACUGCCGAUCUAAGGACUGCCGACCAAAGGACUGUCGACCUAAGGACUGCCGACCUAAGGACUGCCGACCUAAGGACUGCCGACCUAAGGACUGCAGACCUAAGGACUGCCGACCUAAGGACUGCCGACCUAAGGACUGCCGACCUAAGGACUGCCGACCUAAGGACUGCCGAACUAAGGACUGCCGACCUAAGGACUGCCGACCUAAGGACUGCCGACCUAAGGCCUGCCGACCUAAGGACUGCCGACCUAAGGACUGCUGA